CAGCCUCGGGCUCCGCCCUCGGCAUUGGUUGGUUAUAAGCUAGUCAACCAGUCAAUAACUAUAACAAAUUGCAGCGAAGGAGGCUAGGACGCCUAGGAUCAGAGUCAGUCACUCAGAGAGCUAAGUAUAUCACAGCUUGGAUCAAGAUCAUAGAUGGCUUCCACCAUAUCCACUCUUAUAAAAAACGGGACAGUGUAUGAUCCCAUGACAAGCAUUUUCAACAUGCAAAAGGAUGUUUUCUUACACCAAGGGAAAAUAGCCUUGCUGGGAGACAAACUUGAUCAGGAUCAACUACUCCACCUCACUUCGACAUGGUCCGAGUUUGAUGCAAAUGGGUGUUUAGUAUGCCCUGGGCUGAUUGAUCUGCAUGUGCAUUGUUUUCCCACAAGGACCAGCCUUGGAGUAGAUCCUGAUGUUCACUGUCUACCCAGGGGUGUUACAACUGUGAUUGACGCUGGUAGUGCAGGUAUCAACGACUUCAAAGAAUUUAAGAGUUACACUGCCACUAAGAAGACACGUAUUCUGGCUCUACUUCACGUAUCCAGACCUGGUUUAACAAGAGCCGGAUGUGCUACUGAUGACUUAAGUGUUGGAGAACUCGAGUGUAUCGAUGAUGUUGACAUUGACGGGUGUGUGGAGUGUGUGGCAGCCAAUCCUACACUGAUUGUUGGUACGAAGCUGAGGCUUUCAGCACAAAUUGCUAAAGCUGGAGAGAAUGAAUUAGAAGCACUCAGACGUGCUUUGAAAAUCCGCCGGAGGGUAGGUCUCCCUUUGAUGGUGCAUCACAGCUUUUCUACCAUCCCUCUAACACCAACAGAGGAAUCAGAUUUAGGUGUGCCAGGGAGUCUGUUUAGUGGAGACAUACGUACACACAUGUACCAUGGAUUCAAUACAAACAUUGUGGACCCCACUACUGGAUGUCUUGACCCAAGUAUACUUGAUGGAAAGCAAAGAGGAGUGCACUCAGACCUUGGUCAUGGACAAGGUGGAUUCAGUUGGACUGUUGCUGAAAUAUCAGCUAAAGAAAAUGUUUGGCCAGAUGCUAUAAGCACUGACCUUCAUACUGGAAAUGUGAAUGGGCCUGCGUAUGAUUUACCUACUGUAAUGACGAAGUUACUUCACGUUGGUAUGCCGCUAUCUGCUGUCAUUGAGGCUGUUACUAGCAAACCUGCUACCAUCAUUGGCUGUGGAAACAAAAUAGGCUCUCUGGCUCCUGGUGUAUGUGCUGAUGUGACAGUGUUGAGACUGGAAGACUGGGACGAGCUUCUGGAAGACACUCAAGGUCAGAUGAGAAAGGUAAAACAGCGAUUUGCUCCAGUAGCUGUCUGGAAGAGUGGGGAGCGAGUGGAAAUCAAUGACAAAGUCUGUCCAAACAAGGAUCCUCAAUAUAUGCUUGAUGUAACGAAAGAAUGGAAGGACCUUGUUGUCCAUGAUAUACAUCAAGAAUAGUCACAGUUUGAUAAUGACAUUACUAUGUACUUAUGUCAUUAGUAUAGAUACUCUCGAUUAUACAGAUUAUGUAUAGUGCGAAAUGUUCGAGGGGCUUAUAAUUUUCGAUGUUUUCGUG